AAACAGAACCCAUUGUGGUGUGGAAGAGGAGUGAGCAGCUGUGUGAGAGAAUAACAUAAGCGGCAAUUCUGUGACCACAAGAGGACAUUUAAUAAGCGGACAGAUAUGGACGUUAAUUCCCAACACAGGCGCUGUUGCCCUUCUUGAAGAGCACCGCGUCGUCCAGUCGGAGAAAUCCGGAAUAUGAAGAGUUAAGACGACAUCCCAACUGUUUAUUUCAGCAGCUAGCAGGCUAGCUGGCUAAAUAUCGAUGAGCUCUAAAUGGGAAGCCCGCAUGACUCUGCUUGAUAGAGAUCUCCACUGAGCUUUGAAGAGGCGGCUUUCUUUUUAGAUAAUGUCGUGGUGAGCUGAAGCAGCCGUCGCUCGCCUUGUAAGUAGCCUCAACUUUGAAGAAUGGUAUGAACUGAGCGCUAACCAUUUCACUACUACAGACUCGGAGAGGGGGAAAAGUCUCACAGGACUGCUUGCUCGAGUUUGCACUCAAACACCAAGAAGAGAGAACAUGAUGCAGUGGCCGCUGCCAGAAGCUGGCACUAGGCAGCUGUGCCCACCGUGCACCUCCCUUCUACUUUAGAAGCAACCCCUGUGCACCAUGACGGAGAGGCAUUGAGGUUCACUCCCUGACGAUCAUCUCAAUCCUCUCCUUUCCCUAUCCCUUAGCACCCUCCAUCCCCACCCAACCCCAUCAUGUUGCGCUUCUUGCCUCUCAAACUUGGCCGCCUGUACCGCUGUCUGAAGCUCCUGGUAUUGGUAGGAUUGUCUGUCAUCUUGUUGAUGAAUACCCACACCCUGUUUGCCUCCUUCCAAAAGAAUGAGCUCACAGACAGGCGAUUCAUUAACCUUAACAAGUGUCCUGCCUGCUUUGGCACCAGUUGGUGCCGCAAGUUCAUGAAUGGUCAGGUUUCCUUUGAGACUUGGGGUCGCCUGCGAUUUCUAGACGUAUUCAAUGUCAAGAAUGUUUACUUCGCACAGUACGGAGAGCCCAGGGAGGGAACUCGACGUGUGGUGCUCAAAAGGCUCGGCUCCAACCAGGAGCUGGCCGAGAUCGACCAGAAAAUCUGCAAGAGGGCCACAGGCAGGCCACGCUGUGACCUCAUCCAGGCCAUGUACAAGACUGAAUUUGCUCGGAUCAACGGGGACGUUCGCCUUCUUACUCCAGAGGUGGUGGAGGGCUGGUCAGACCUGGUUCACUGCCCCUCACAGAGGCUGCUAGACCGUGUGGUCCGCAGAUACGCUGAGACCAAGGACUCGGGCAGCUUCCUGCUAAAGAACCUGAAGGACACAGAAAGGAUGCAGCUGCUCAUGACUUUGGCAUUCAACCCAGAACCUCUCGUACUACAGAGCUUUCCAUCAGAUGAAGGAUGGCCAUUCGCCAAGUACCUGGGAGCAUGUGGGCGUGUGGUAGCUGUUAACUAUGUGGGUGAGGAACUGUGGAGCUUCUACAAUGCUCCAUGGGAGAAAAGGGUAGACCUGGCGCGGCAGCUGAUGGACAUUGCCGAGCAGCUCACCAACAACGAUUUUGACUUUGCGCUGUACCUGCUCGAUGUAAGUUUUGACAACUUUGCAGUCGGUCCACGUGAUGGAAGAGUCAUCGUCGUUGACGCGGAGAAUGUUCUUGUGGCGGACAAAAGGCUUAUCAAGCAGAAUAAGCCAGAAAACUAUGACGUGUGGUACGAGAGCCGUUUCGAGGAGUGCGACAGGGAAGCCUGCCUGUCUUUUUCCAAGGACUCUCUUUGUUCCAGGGUCACUGUGGACCACAACUACUAUGCCGUGUGCCAGAACCUGCUGUCACGGUAUGCUACAUGGCGGGGUACCACUGGAGGACUCCUCCACAACCCGCCAGCCCACAUAGCCAAAGAUGGACAACUAGAGGCUUUGUUGGACGAGUGCACCAAACCCAAAAAACGCUAUGGCCGCUUUCAGGCGGCUAAGGAACUGCGUGAAUACCUCACACAGCUAGCUGCUGCCUCCUCCUCCUCCACAGCCAGGUAAUGAAUGGAGUCGGCGUUAGCCCAACGCACUGAGACUGGAUUUGUACUCUUUAUUCCCAGACUCUUGAGAUCUUGGUUCUUGUACGUGAUGUCAUUUGUUCCCCUUUGUGCACUGGAGCAUCAAGGUGCUCGGUCUUGCAUCAGGAAGUGAAGGAAUCUAACUUAAAGGCAGAUUUGUUAAAGCCCUAGCUUUUACCUUGACUUAGCUCCUUUAUAUAAAAGGAGUCUGGCACUACAAAAUUUCUGCUAGAACCAGGAAAGAGAUGGGAUAGAGGUAAACUGUCCUGAUCCACCCAGCGUGCGCUAACAUCACUGGUGGGGGGGGGGCUAAGAAAGAGCUCUGGUAAAUCAUCCCUCGCUGAACCCAGGCUAACGCAAACCAGAGCAUCCAAGCAGAGCAGCAACACAUCACAUAACCCAGAUGAUGUCCAUCCUCCUCCUCAGUCCAUCAGAGCGCUUGUUUUAUGACAGUGAAACAUGUUUCAAUGUCUCCUAUAGUUUCCUACAACAAUCUAGUUUGUCUUUUGAAGGUUUGUUUUGUUUUGUGUAGCAGGACUGAAUUUAAGUCGGUUGGUACAUGUGCAUUUUUCUUUUUUUUUUCUGCUGUGCCAUGGCUUUUAUUUCUGUAGGCAUUGCUGCCUGGAAGGUGAAGGUAGAAUGAAUCUCCUGCUGUCUCACAGCAAGAAAUGCAUCAAGCUUCACCGGGUAGCGAGGACAGGCAGGAGGUACGAGGGGUGUUUUCACAUUGGAUUAAAAAGUAAAAAGUUCCAAUCAAUGACUCAAUUUCCAGGUUUCAGGAUUGUGGCAAUCAUCAUUUUUGUAUGCGUUUCCUUUUUAUAUAUCUAUUCUGUUUCUCUUAAUAGGAACUACAGAGAGAGAGAACUACUCACAGGAAAAAGAAGGUGAUAAUUGGAAUUUAGUGGUCUCUUGAUGCAGAUGUGUCUAUACCAAAGAGGCUGUUUGUAAUAGGAAUUGUGAGACCACGUCUUUCCCUUCAGUUGUUCCCCACUAGAGCUGUAGAACACAAUGUUUUAUGAGUUGACAAGCCUGAAUACGGCUAUUGUGUCCCUAAAGAAUCAACCCAGAGGUAUCUAAAACAAAGAUUGGCCCAAGUUGUUACAUAACCCCGACUGCUGUGUCAGCUUCCAGUAGAAUUGAUAAAUGAUCGGUCAAACAUGUUUUCUUUCAACAAGAUUGCAAAAACUUCUUUACAUAAAGGAAAUUGAGUUAUUCUUAAGAGAAGCAGAAAACAUGAUAAAGCUACCCUGUAAUGGCCCUCCAGUGCCAGAUUCUGUUUAAAUGUCUGUAAUUGAUAAAUGAAUCUUAUUUUCUAGUGCCCAAUGCAAUAAGCUGUGUCAAGUCAUUGCUAUUAAAGGGAAUGGAAAUAUCUGAAAAUGAAUUUGUUGCUUCAGAAGACCUUCUGAAGCCGCUCUGACCUGCACUUUUAGAUUUUGCAGGCCAGAAAUUUCUGUUUAAUUUUUAAACACUUUGCACCACUUAGAGGUUGGGACGACUUUACACCCAGUGGACCAACAAGUUAAAGCAUAAUCUCGAAUACAGGCUCAUUUUGAUUGUUGAUUAUAAAACAUGUUCCUCAGUUAACUUUGGAUUAAAAAAAAAAGUCCUGUCUUUGGUUCUAUGUUGUUUCUGUAAGUCAACUGUUUUGAUGUUGUUAUUCAGAUGCUGAAAGCCCAGUGGAGUGUUGUGUAGCGCUGACAAUAAAAAAUAAGUAAAUGUGAGCCACUCCAUCUAUUGGGAAACUGGAAAGCACAUCAGUGGCUUUUUUUUUUUUUCUCCCUCCAGCCUUCUGCAUGACCUGCAGGGCUGAUGUGACCUUUGCCAGCUAGGAAAAGCAAUAAAGACAAGUUUGGCUGAUGUAUUUCUGAUUUUUGAAGUCCCAUUCUUUGUUGUGUCUGAUAGAUUUCUGUUUCCCCAGUUUGGAGGAUGGUCAACCUGGAGGGAUUUGUCCUUGCUAACUAACUGUCCACUUUUGUACUGUAAUUUUCCUUUGGAGUAUUAUAUCAGCAUUGUCUGAUUUUUACCUGUGCCUUUCAUUCAAAAGUUGUAUUUACAACUUUUAGUGGGAUUAAAUAUUAAAAUAAACGAAGAAAUAUAUAUAUAUAUAUAUAUAUAUAUAGAUAUAUAUACACUUA